CAAAACAAACCACUGCCAGGAUGGUAAGUGAAGACAGUAGUGGGAGUAAAGUUAUACCCGUGCGGGUGGCCGUCAGGGUGCGGCCUAUGCUACCAAAGGAGUUGCGUGAGGGCUGUCAAGAAUGUAUAGAUCUCACACCAGGAGAAUCACAGGUUGUUAUUCGUGGCACAGAGAAAGCAUUCACUUAUGACUUUGCAUUUGCAAGUGAUACUUCUCAAGGCUACGUAUAUGAAUCUGCUGUGAAGAAGGUGGUUCAGAAUUUAUUUAAAGGUUACAAUGUGACUGUACUAGCAUAUGGCCAGACAGGUUCUGGCAAAACACACAGUAUGGGAACAGCUUACACACAAGGCAUUGAAACAGAUGAUGAAGCUGGUAUCAUUCCAAGGGCAGUACGUGAUAUUUUUGAGGGAGUUUCUGAAAAGAAAAAUGCAGAUUUUCUUGUUAAAGUUUCUUUUAUUGAGUUGUAUAAAGAAUCCCUUUUUGAUCUCCUGACAAACAAAAACAGAGAUGAAUGUGUUGUUGACAUUCGAGAAGAUCCAAGGGGAGGUAUAAAGAUAGUUGGUCUGACAGAAAUCCCUGUGACAACACUAGAAGAGACUAUGAGGUGUCUUGAAAGGGGUGCUCAGAACAGAGCUACUGGUGCUACAGCAAUGAAUGCUCGAUCUAGUCGAUCCCAUGCUAUUUUUUCUCUUCAUAUUGAACAGAAAAAUAAAAAUGAAAGUGAAAGCAUUAUGUGUGCAAAGUUCCACUUGGUUGACUUGGCUGGCAGCGAACGUGCAAAGAAGACAGGUGCCACAGGAGAGCGGUUCAAAGAGGGUGUCAACAUCAAUAAAGGCCUCUUAGCUUUAGGGAAUGUGAUCUCUGCAUUAUGUGAGGAAGGAAACAGGGGCCAUGUGCCAUACAGAGACUCAAAACUUACACGAUUACUCCAGGAUUCCCUUGGUGGUAAUUCUCACACUGUGAUGCUAGCAUGUGUAUCCCCAGCAGAUAGUAAUAUGGAAGAAACACUUAGCACAUUACGUUAUGCUGAUCGUGCCAGGAAGAUUAAAAACAAACCCAUUAUCAACCGUGAUCCACAGGCUGCAGAAAUUGCAAAGUUGAGACAACAGGUUCAGCAACUUCAAGUCCAGCUUCUUGCUUCAAGCAGUAGUGGUGGAGGAGUGUCAGUUACUUCCAGUGAUGAGUUAAAUGCCCUGCUAAGUCAAAAUCGGCUCCUUCAGGAGGAAAAUGACAAACUGACUCGUGCUUUGCAUUCUGCUCUUGAUGAAAAUACAAACAUGGCAGAAAAGGCUUUACUGGCUGAGAUGGCUCGAGAUCGCUUGAAAACCAAAUUAGAAGAGCUUCGAGCUCAGACAGGUAACACAGUUGAGGUACUUAACAAGACACUAGAUGUCACCCUUAACCCACAAUAUGAAGAUCAGCUCAAUCUCAUAAAGGACUUGCAAAAGAAAGUUGUUGAACUACAGAGUGAGCAGCAGAAGGGAGAGAAGGUGAUAAUGGAACAUGAACUGUCCCGACACAACAUCUCAACCAACACCUCCAUUGCCAAGUCAGAUGACACUACCACAACAGAUGCUACUACUUCUGAGGAUACAGUUACUGAUAACUCACCAUCAAAGCAUUUUGGCACAGAAUAUACUCUGCGGCAAGCCAAAUUAAAUGAAGAAUUGCAGGACUUGAACAGAGCCCUUGCAAUGAAAGAAGAACUUAUGAGUAAGAUGACAACCAAUGAUGCACAGAUGGUUGCCAUGAAGGUUAUUCAUGAGAAAGAAAAGAAAGAUCUGGAAUGUCACAUUGAACUCCUUGCAAAGGAGAAAGAUGAAUUGAUGCAACAAUUGCGUGCUGCAUCUCACAAUCAAGCCAGUGGCAAGAUUGCUGAACAAAGACGCAAGAGAGUUCAGGAGCUUGAGGGCCAGAUAUCCUCCUUGAAAAAGAAGCAGAUGGAAAUGACCAAGAUGAUUCGUCUGAAGGAACAGUCGGAACAAAAAGUAUCCAAACUCAACACUGAAAUUCAGGCUAUGAAGGCAACCAGGGUGAAGCUGAUCCGGCAGAUGAAGGAAGACAGUGAAAAGUUCCGUGUAUGGAAAGCCCAGAAGGACAAAGAGGUUGCAAAACUCAAAGAAGCUGAUCGACGGAAACAGUAUCAGAUUGUGAAAAUGGAGCGCCUUCACUCAAAACAGCAAAAUGUUCUAAGGCGUAAAAUGGAGGAGGCCAUUGCCAUUAAUAAGAGACUAAAGGAUGCAAUGGCACUCCAGAAGGCAGGUGCUGAGAAGAGAGCAGCUACACGCGAAAAUGCUGGCGUUGGAAAUCGUGUAAAGACAUGGUUGGAAGGUGAAUUAGAAGUUGUAACAGUGAAGAAGCAGGCAAAGCAGUCACUUGAAAACUUGAUGGAUGACAGAAAGACCAUUUCAGACCAAAUCAACAAGGCUAAGCGCCAGCUGAGAAAUGGUCAGUUGACUGAAGAUCUAACGACUGAACUAGAGACAAAAAUUAAAAAUCUUGAGAAUGACCUUCAACUGCGUACUGCACAGAUUAAUGACCUCCAGUCAAAGAUUAUGGAUGGUGAUGAAGAUACAGCUAGCCGGAAAAGAUUUGACUCAAUGCAAAGCAUGGUGGAGGCAAAGUGUGCGCUCAAUUAUCUCUUUGAAGUGGCAGCCAAUGGGCAAGUGAACACAGCUGCUCGUGAAGCUGACUUAAAGGAUCUCCAGAGCCAGUAUGAAGAAGUUGCUCAAUCCCUUGAUGAUAUGGAAGGAGAGCUGAAGACACUGAAGGAGUCUCACCAGGCUGAACUUACUCGUAUCUCAAGAGAACAUGAAGAUAAGGUGCUCUUCUUGCUGAGACAAAUGCCAAAGGCUGAGCAGGAUGAGAGAGAAACAGACAGUGAUGAGAAUAGUGAACAAAGUAAGGAUAGUGUACUUAUGGAAAGACUGAAGUUCCAAGAGGCUGAAAUUGCCCGCCUGUCUGAGCUGUAUGAAGAAUUACAGGCAAAGAGACAAGAAUGUGAGGAACUCAAGAAGCAGCUUACAGUCUCUGCUGUCACUCAAGGCAAUCGGGUAUCGCUUAUGCCUAACAUUAACUUAAGUGACCGACGGCGCACAUUUGUCAAACCUGGUCCGGUAAAGAAACAACCCACAGUUGAAGUUUUGAGUGAAUCAGAGGAGGAAGAUGAUGAUGAUAAAGAGGAGAAGAAUGAUCCAGAUUGGCGCAAAACUCCACUGUAUAAGAGGAUAAAACAGAUGACGGGCAAAAGAAAUACUUGUGAUGAAGAGGACGAGGAACAGGAAAAUGACAAUGGGAGAAAGAGGAAGAGUGGUUCCAAGCGGGAUUCUUCAGGAGACGUCAGAUGUGGAUGCAAGGGAGAUUGUUCAAAGAAGCUGUGUGCUUGUCGCAAAGGCUUGAAUGCAUGCAGUUUGAAAUGCAAAUGCAAUAUACUUAAAUGCAAAAACAGAUCUACCCCAGAUUCAAGCCUGUCAGAAACAAGCAAGAAUGAUACUCUUCUCAAUUCCACCUUUGAAGUAGGAAGUGUUCCCCUCUCUGAAAAUUCUUCAAACAAAAGACCAAGACUCUUAGGAUUAAGUUCCUCUUACAAUGAUAGUUCCUCUCAGUCGGAUGAUGAUGCCCCAGGAGGACUGAUGAGCAUUAGAACCAAGAUGGACUUCAUGAAUUCACCAUCCUUGUUUUGAGGAAUAUUCCCAUCUUCUAUGACUGUAUAAUUUAUUUUAGACAUUUCAAGUAUGUUUGUAUAGGUGUCAUGAUGGGAGAGUAUCAGAGAAUAAUGUGUGAUUGGUUUGAUAUGAAUGCAAGAGGAUAGGUCACAGCUUAUGAAUAGUUCUUACAUUAUGGAUGGAAUUGCUUGUUUUAUACAUUUGAUAAGAAUUGGCUUGUCUGUUCUGGGUCCAGUUCAUAACCAGAUUGUUAAAAGUUAUUCAUUUUAACUCAUGCUCUUGUUCGGAAGAUCUUUUGCAAUUGCCUGAUUUAAAACUAUGUAUUGGACAGCCAUUUGUAUUUCUUGAGCAUUUCUAUGUGUAACCCUCUGUAAUUUAUAUUUUUACAUAUGCUUCCUUUUAUAAUCUGUUUUCUUUAUUUUAAAUACACAGACUAGUGUUGUAUAAUAUCUUGAUAUUGUGUUUUAUCUCUAAACAUUGUCCUAAAUUAGGAUACUUUGGUGGUGAUUGUAGAUAAAAGAAAAAUAAAACAGUCAUCUCU